GAACACUUGCCGGGAAUUUCAUUAAGUUCCCGCCAGCGACAUUCCAAAUUAUUAUUAUUGUAGUAAUAUCUGGAAGUCUAAGUUAAAAAACCAUCUCCACUCUCCACCUUUUUCGUUCUUCAUCUUCCCAAUCCCUCUCAUUUAUUUUGCUCGCUCUCUGUGUUCAGUCUCUGUCUCUCUCGAAGCCGCAAAAAAUAAAAUAAAGAUUGAAAAAAUGGCACCGUCGCGUAAACCGAGCAACGGUAGAUCACCAAUAGUAAAUCCACAGCGCCAAAUAACUGCCUUCUUCUCCAAGACGACGACUCCUUCUCCAUCUCCUUCUCCCACGCUCUCUAAAAAACAAAUCCCUAAAUCCCAUACUAAACCUAACCCUAACCCUAGCUCUCGAACCCAAAGCCCUAGUUCUAGCCCAACUACUCCUUCGCCAGUCCAAUCUAAGCCUAAAAAACCCCUACUAGUUAUUGGACAAACUCCUUCACCGUCUCCUUCAAAAGUUGGAGUGUAUGGCAAAGAGGCGGUGGAGAGGAGGGUUAGGGUUUACUGGCCCCUGGAUAAGAGCUGGUACGAGGGUCUUGUCAAAUCUUACGAUGACGAGUCGAAGAAGCAUUUGAUACAAUAUGAUGAUUCUGAAGAGGAAUUGUUGGAUUUGAACAAUGAGAAGAUUGAGUGGGUUGAGCCAUGUGUUAAGAAAUUUAAGAGGUUGCGCAGGGGUUCUUUAGGUUUUAGGAAGAUUGUGCUUGAAGAUGAUGAGAUGGAGAAUGUCGAGGCCGAUAAUGGCGGUGCUGGUGGUGGUAGUGGUGGUGACGACUCGAGUGAUGAAGAUUGGGGAAAGAAUGCGGAGAAGGAUGUUAGCGAGGAGGAGGACGUUGAUUUGAUGGAUGAGGAAGAAGCGGAUGAUGGCAAGAAAGGAAAGAGAGGUGGGAAGGAUUCGAGGAAAAGGAAAGCGAGUGGAGAAGGUGGAAAGUUGGAUUUGGGAAAGAAGGGAAAGAGUGGUGGGGAUGCGAGUACGGGAGGAGUCAAGGUUUCAGUUGUGGAGCCUGUAAAGAACAAGGAGAAUGGAGUUUUUAAUGGCUUUGAAAAUGCCUUGAUGACCUAUGCAUCAGAAAGAUUUAGCACGCGUGAAGCUGAAAAGUUUCCAUUUCUUGGACGGCCCACUGAUGUACAUCUUGAUGUAGUGAGAGAACGCAGGGAUGCAAAGAGAAGGCGUCCUGGAGAUGUAGGUUAUGAUCCCAGGACUCUAUACUUGCCCGCUGAGUUUGCAAAGAGUUUAACAGGUGGCCAGAGACAAUGGUGGGAGUUUAAGUCAAAGCACAUGGAUAAGGUUUUGUUUUUCAAGAUGGGCAAAUUUUAUGAGCUCUUUGAAAUGGAUGCCCAUGUAGGAGCUAAAGAACUAGAUUUGCAAUACAUGAAGGGAGAACAACCUCACUGUGGCUUUCCAGAGAAGAACUUCUCUUUGAAUGUGGAGAAAUUGGCUAGAAAGGGUUAUCGAGUUCUUGUUGUAGAGCAGACAGAAACACCUGAACAGUUAGAGCUUCGUCGCAAAGAGAAAGGUUCUAAAGACAAGGUUGUAAAACGUGAAAUAUGUGCGGUGAUUACAAAAGGAACACUAACUGAGGGGGAAUUUCUUUCUGCAAAUCCUGAUGCUUCUUAUUUAAUGGCACUGACUGAAAGUAGCCAGAGUUUGGCAAACCAAGGUCUUGAGCGGAUUUUUGGUGUUUGUGUUGUUGAUGUCACUACUAGCAGAAUCAUUCUUGGACAGUUUGGAGAUGAUGCUGAAUGCAGUUCAUUGUGCUGUCUAUUAUCUGAGCUGAGGCCGGUAGAAAUUGUAAAACCUGCUAAAAUGCUUAGCUCCGAAACUGAGAGAGUAAUGGUGAGACAUACUAGAAAUCCCUUGGUCAAUGAGUUGGCUCCCCUCUCAGAAUUCUGGGAUGCGGAGAGAACUGUUCAGGAAGUCAAAACUAUCUACAAGCAUAUUGGUGAUCUUUCAGCUUCUGGACCCUUAAAUAAAACAGAUUUGGAUACAACUAACCUUAAUGUUGGAGAAUAUAGGCCAAGCUGCCUGCCCAGCAUUUUGUUAGAGUUUGUCAAUAAAGGAGAAAAUGGAAGCCUUGCUCUCUCAGCUCUUGGAGGCGCUCUCUAUUAUCUAAAACAGGCAUUUUUGGAUGAGACAUUGCUUAGAUUUGCAAAAUUUGAAUCCCUUCCUUGCUCUGAUUUCUGUGAGGUUGCUAAGAAACCAUACAUGAUUCUCGAUGCUGCUGCCCUGGAGAACCUUGAGAUUUUUGAGAACAGCAGAAACGGAGACACUUCAGGGACGCUGUAUGCGCAAUUGAAUCAUUGUGUGACAGCAUUUGGAAAGAGGUUGCUGAAAACAUGGCUAGCAAGACCAUUAUACCAUUUGGAAUCAAUUAAAGAUCGCCAGGAUGCUGUAGCAGGUCUGCGGGGGGUAAAUCAACCUAUGAUGCUUGAAUUUCAAAAGGUGUUGUCCAGGCUUCCAGACAUUGAGCGGCUGCUUGCACGCAUAUUUUCUACCAGCGAAGCCAAUGGAAGAAAUGCAAAUAAAGUAGUUUUAUAUGAGGAUGCAGCAAAGAAGCAGCUUCAGGAGUUUAUAUCCGCUCUACGUGGCUGUGAAUUAGUGGCCCAAGCAUGUUCUUCGCUUGCUGUCAUUUUGGAAAAUGUGGAGUCCGGACAGUUGCAUCAUUUAUUAACACCUGGUAAAGGUCUUCCUGACAUCCUUCCAAUUCUUAAACAUUUUAAGAGUGCCUUUGAUUGGGUAGAAGCCAACAAUUCUGGACGUAUAAUACCUCAUGAAGGUGUCGAUGUAGAGUUUGACUCUGCUUGUGAAAAAGUUAAAGAGGUUGAAUCUAGUUUGGCUAGACACCUGAAGGAACAACAGAAAUUACUAGGGGACAAAUCAAUUACUUAUGUCACAGUUGGAAAAGAGGCAUACCUGUUAGAAGUUCCUGAACAUCUGCGUGGUAGUAUUCCUCAAGAUUAUGAGCUGCGUUCAUCCAAAAAGGGCUUCUACAGGUAUUGGACUCCAAGUAUUAAGAAGUUCUUAGGAGAGCUCUCACAGGCUGAAUCUGAAAAGGAGUCGGCGUUGAAGAGCAUUUUGCAGAGGUUAAUUGUGUGUUUUUGCAAGUACCAUGACAAGUGGAGACAGUUAGUUUCUGCAACUGCAGGCAGGGGCUCCCACUCCUUUUUGGGACGGAACCAUUGUCAUGGUAUGAUUUCAAUUCAUUUUUCUCGACUGAAACUGGUCACUCAUGAUGCAGAACUGGAUGUUUUGAUCAGUCUGGCAAUUGCUAGUGACUUUUAUGAAGGACCUGCAUGUUGUCCAACCAUCGUAGGUUCAUCAUUGUCAAGUCAAGUGCCAUGCCUUUCUGCAAAAAAAUUAGGACACCCUGUUCUCAGGAGCGAUUCUUUGGGAAAGGGUGCAUUUGUCCCAAAUGACAUUAGUAUUGGGGGUUCUGGUCGUGCCAGCUUUAUCCUUCUCACUGGUCCUAACAUGGGUGGAAAAUCUACUCUUCUUCGGCAAGUUUGUUUGGCUGUGAUUCUGGCCCAGAUUGGAGCUGAUGUCCCUGCUGAAAGCUUUGAGUUGUCUCCUGUUGACCGCAUCUUUGUCAGAAUGGGUGCAAAAGAUCAUAUUAUGGCAGGCCAGAGUACAUUUUUGACAGAGCUCUCAGAAACUGCAUUGAUGCUGUCAUCGGCAACCUGUAAUUCAUUGGUGGCGUUGGAUGAACUUGGACGUGGCACAUCAACUUCAGAUGGACAAGCAAUAGCCGAAUCAGUUCUUGAACAUUUUGUCCACAAGGUACAGUGUCGAGGAAUGUUUUCAACUCACUAUCACCGAUUAGCUGUAGAUUAUCAAAAAGAUUCAAAGGUCUCACUGUACCAUAUGUCAUGUCAAGUUGGAAAUGGAGUUGGAGUGGAAGAAGUUACAUUUCUUUAUAGGUUGAGACCUGGUGCCUGCCCUAAGAGUUAUGGUGUCAAUGUUGCAAGACUGGCUGGACUUCCAGACUCGAUACUUCAUAAUGCUGCUGCCAAGUCUAGGGAAUUUGAGGCUGUAUAUGGUCGACACAGAAAGGGAUCUGAAGGAAAGUUGGCCAUUCAAAGUUGUGACAAGAUGGCAGUAUUAAUCCGAAGUUUGAUCAAUGCCACAACAAGCUUGAGUGGCCAUAAGUCUGCUGGGAUCGAUAUCAGCUCAGUGACCAAACUUCAGGAUAAAGCUAGGAUAUUUUUGCAGUAAAACUGAAGUGACCGAAUCUUUUGCUGUUGGACACUUCAGCAUUUCGCCAUCUACCAGACUAAUUUUACACUAACCAAGAUACUCAGGGAGCUUCUCUCCUUCAAGUCAUUGGAGCAUCUGGUAUUUCUGUUGGCCUGUCCUUUCAAAUUUUGUGAUUUGACUGUACAGGAUAUAACUUAUAGCUGUGAUUGAUAGAUACUCGACAGAGCAUGCGGUGUAAAUUUAAUUCAAAGUUGUGUCUCGGGUCAGAUUGAAUUUGUAUCGGUCAUUUUCUCUAAGAUGCCUAGUUUUUUGUAUAGUGGUUGUAUCGGUGAUGGAAUAUUGAAAGAAUGUUGUCCCUGUCUCUUAUCCAGAAAGGGAUAGUGCUCCCAGUGUGUAUGGUUGUAAUGUCUAAGAGGUGGGUUCAACGAACAAAGGCAGAGGUUGUUCAUAAUGUGACUUGCUUUCGAAGCGAUACAUGUUUUGGUCA